CGUCAUUCAUGAUUGGCAUGGGGAAGGGAAUUGCGAUCGGGUCAAUGGACUACUCCGACCAUCUACGGCCUACGUACUCCGACCCAGUGCCGAUGGUCAGCAAGCAGGGUGCCGUUCGAGGCGAAUUUCCCAGGGCGCCAGAACCUCGGGUGCGCGACUCCACUCUCUCCGGUCGGCCUCUUUUCUCCCCCAACAUGCAGUUUCUCCGUCCCCUUCCCUUUCCCCGGUCUGGCUGAUAUCUCUUCAUUCCUGCCACUUCUCUCCUCUCUUCCCUCUCCGUUCCCCUCCUGAUCCCUUUCCGGACAAUUCCUUGAAGCGUUUCCCCUUCGCUCCCCAUCCCUCAUAUCGCAAUGGCUCCCAUCACAGAAGAGGUCGUCAACGGCCUGAAGGAUACUAUCGGAAAGCUUGAGGCUCGCGUUGAGGAGUUGGAAGGCCGCCUCACCAACCAGGUCAAGCCCAAGUCGGUUGCGGAGCAGAUGCGCAUCAUUCUCAUGGGCCCUCCCGGUGCCGGCAAGGGUACCCAGGCCCCCCGGCUCAAGGAGAAGUACUGUGUCUGCCACUUGGCUACCGGUGAUAUGCUGCGUUCCCAGGUCGCCAAGAAGACCGCGCUGGGCAAGGAGGCCAAGAAGAUCAUGGACCAGGGUGGCUUGGUCAGUGACGAGAUCAUGGUCAACAUGAUCCAGAGCGAGCUCGAGAACAACGCCGAGUGCAAGAACGGUUUCAUCCUGGAUGGAUUCCCCCGUACCGUUGCUCAGGCCGAGCGUCUGGAUGACAUGCUUGCCGUCCGCCAGCAGAAGCUCCAGCACGCCGUUGAGCUUCAGAUUGACGAUGCUCUGUUGGUUGCCCGGAUCACCGGACGUCUGGUCCACCCGGCUUCUGGACGCUCGUACCACAAGAUCUUCAACCCCCCCAAGGAGGAGAUGAAGGACGAUGUUACUGGCGAGCCUCUGAUCCAGCGCUCCGACGACAACGCCGAUACCCUGAAGAAGCGUCUCGGCACUUAUCACGCCCAGACCGCCCCCGUUGUGGACUACUACAAGAAGACCGGUAUCUGGCGCGGCAUUGACGCCAGCCAGGAGCCCGGCCAGGUCUGGAAGAGCCUGCUCGGUGUCUUCCGCCAGUAAAUGCAGCGAUUGGGAGAAAGCCCACUGCUAGGCCGGAGUGAUGUACCUAAAUGAUACCCAUCGUUCCGGCCCCUGUGUCUUUGCCGGAGUGGAGAGAUCAGGGGUUUGAUAUGAUGUCCAAGUCUUGUAUAGACUUCUGUUGCCCGCACGGGCCGGUGAAGAAAGGGAGAAAAGUCCUGCAUUGUUCGGGAAUGGAACUUGUCUUUCUCAUGUCCGUAUAUAGACAGACGCCCUCCGGCGGAGAGAUAUCUGUUUUCUAUGUAUAGUAGUAAUCUUUCGGAAUGCAACCAACUUCCGGUUAGACCACUAUACUCGCCCUUUCGACCUGAUGAUCCGGCACCAGCUAUACCGCAAUGUUUGACCGCCCAGACCGACAUGCACACCGAGUUUAUCAUACAUGGAGACUAAU